UGGCACCAAUAAAUAUUUUAUUCAUAAUGUAGCCCGAUUAGACCUAAGUGAUGACGCAUCUUUCACGGUUCAAGUUUAAACUCAUUCUAAAGACAUCCUUCCCAGCCUUCGUACUAUUCUCUUUGGGGUAAUUGCAAUAAUUCAGGGUUCGAUUUCUUAGAGAAUCUUAUAAUGUCCAAGUUAGUAACUGACUAAAACUUGUUCACGAGUGGUAUUUAAUCCAUUAUCGAACUUCUCCAAACAACUCUAAUAGUUGAAAUCAAUUGGUUUUUGACAUAGUAUCAUAGUUUACUGUGACUGGGAGGUAUUGCGAUCGGAUCCCCACGGCCAACAUCUGUUAAACACAUGAUAUUCGGACAUGUCCAAACUUUAUGCCCUUAUGAGUGAUAUUCUUUAGAAGAAGCGUGUUAUUAUGUUGUAUAAGAUCUAUUAUUGAACAUCUUCCAACAACUCGACUUAUUGAGAUCAACUGGCCCUUGACAUAGUAUCAGAAUAUUUUGUGGUUAAGACGUCAUGUAUUCGAAUCCGACGAUCCCUAUUUAUGAAGCACAUAUAAUUCUCGUACCGACUUAUCGAGAUAAACUCAUUCUUCGCAUGAUAUCACACCUUCUAUGAUUGAAACAUCAUGCACAAAUGAAAGAUGUUUGUGGGGGUGAGUUAACGAUUUUGCAAAUGGAAGACUUGUAUCGUAAAAGUCCACACCGUUGACUGGAGUAAAUCCCUUGGUUGGCCUUAUACCACUCAGCGUUACCGUUUGGUCGAUACUUGAUCUUGGCUUUCGUAAUACUCAAACCUCUAUUAUUUCUCUUCAAACUAAAUCUAAUCCCCAGAUUUCUUGACCAUCCUCUUCCUUCCGCUGCGGCCAGAGUUGGGGAAAGAGGGGAAAGAAAGACAGUAAGCAAGGGGAGUUUGGGCAGACGCUGAGAAUUCCGAUAUGCAUCUAUGGCCUUCAAUCAAGCUGAGAGACUCGUUCAGCAUCGACUAUAUCCGGCGGCUGGACUGGAACCUCCACCGGAUGAAAAUCGACAAGAAAAACAAGCAGCGUCUCCUGGACGAUGGCGGUGACCAGGAGAGCGGCGCCACUGGAGAGGAAGGAGUAGAAGAAGGUUCCAGUUCAAAGAAUGGGUUCGCCGAAAGAGCUGCUUUCGUAUGCAGAGAGAUCUUCCUGGUCCUCUCAUGCUGCUACUGCUGUUUCUGUUGUGGAGGUUAGUUUCAUUACUGUUUUGGGUUUUCUCGCAAGUUUGAAUUCGGUUGGUUCGUGGGUUUCUGGUUUCUGCUUGGUAUAGUUGGAAGCUUUGAUCAGGCAAUAGAACCCUUUUCUGGCCUACUGUUUGGUGUCUAGUUACUUUCUGCCCUUUUGGGGUGGAUGGAUUUCCGCACUUAGCCUUUCUUUGCAGCACUUUCCGAGAAGUUCUAUAUUUGUGUAACUGCAUUUGGAACGAUUGUAAAUAUAUGAAAGACAGUGGUGAAUCUAUAGGUAUUCUGUCCAAGAGCUUGAAAGAGCUCGCCUAACAUCUAUAGGCAAUAAGAAACAAGACACAUUCAUAAUACCAUUUAUUGCAAGUCUGGAGUCUAUAGACUGUAGUUUUGAUCUGAUACAUCUUAGAAGACAAGUUUCCGUUACUCAGUCUUAAGUGGUGCCCAAUUCUCGACUACCAAAAUUAGGAUUCAUUGUUUUCUUAUGGGCCAUCUUAACUGCUCUUAUAAUGACAAACAGGACCUGUUUAUUCAUCUCGGUGAAAGGUUAGCCUUAGUUUGUUAUGUUGCAGCUAGCUGCGAACAAGGUGCCCUCUCUGGAUAGAGCACUGCAGUGUAGCAGUUUCUUCUCGUUCCUCAUAUUAUGAACAUUUGUAGGAGAUGUUUGUGAUUGCAAUCAUCGAUCGAGAACCUGAGUUUGCAGGAUUACUGUUGCCUGAUGCAGUUUGUUGUUGUUGUUUACACUUACUGCCCCAGAAAUGAAUGAGACUUUUCAUUUUUCUAUUGAAAGUUGGAAUGGAAUUGCAUUUUUCUACUUCUGGGCUGAUAAAUCCCACCAUUUGGCUUUCCAGCUUGUGUGGAUUGAGACGUAGUCCUGAAGUUGCGCAAGGGAUUGAGCCAUCCACCUCCUAAGACAAAGUCAGAUUCCUAAUACUAGUAGUCCAUGUCCCGUGAGCACAAAUGAAGUUGAUUACAUGUUUUUUAGGCUUAGUUUCAACGACCGUUCUUCGUAUGCUGGGAACAUGAAGGCAUAGUUUCCGCCAUUGCUGAAAUGACCUCAGGGGUUGAUAGGUAGAUUUGCAGACUAGCUACAUUGAUGUUUGUUAGUUUGAGGUAGUGUUAUUGUAAUAGCAUUUUGUAUAUGCACACAAGUGGUGCAUUUGAAAAUUAUGGGAAAUAAAUCUUCUGUGGGAAGCACUCUACUGGUGAAUGUAUGCAGACUCGUUACAGUUACUUUAGCUAUUGAAUCGGGAGAUUGUGUCAGUUAGCCUGAAAAUGAGAUCAGUGCAUAACUCCAUUUGACUAAUUAUGUUGUAUAACACCUUUAGUGAGAUUACAGAGACAAAAUGAGUAUCAGUUAGCCUGCAAAAAUCCAUGGUGUAGCUCCAAAAAUGGGUAUCCAGUUGCUCCUAAAGAACAAAAUGUAUGUAGACUGGGUGGAGGUGGUGAUUACAGAAACAAACGCUAGCUCUUGGCGCAGAGGUAGGCCGGCAGCAAGUUCAGUAGUAGAAUCUCGUUCGGCUUUUGCCUCCUUGGAAUGCAAGAAAUCUAAUAAAUCUUUCAUUCUCUGCUCUAUUGAUUACAGGAUAACAAAAAUGACAGCCACAGCAUUUCUUGUUGUGGCGGGAAGAUAGACGACCACUGCAAACGAGGCCGCAGAGAAUUGAAACUCCACCGUGAUAAAUAGUCCAUAGCCCUGCCGACUCCCGACGCUCAUCUCACCUCACAGACGAAGCCUCGACAAUGGCGGAGACCACCGCCGCUGUUCAGCACCCGAUUUCCGACUCCAACGAACAGAGUCCCUUCGGGAAAUUCACCCCAUCGGAAUUCUACGCCAAGCACGGCGUCUCCCACCAGGCAGAGCACCGAACCAACUCCCGCGGCUUCAACCUAUUCACCCAGUGGUGGUCCCCGCUCGCUCCGGCCGAGAAAAUCGGCUGCAUCGCCAUGGUCCACGGCUUCAUCGGCGAGUCCAGCUGGCUCCUCGAGCUCACCUCCAUCUUCUUCGCCAAGCACGGCUUCCUCGUCUGCGCCAUCGACCACCAGGGCCACGGCUUCUCCGACUCCCUCGACGGCUUCAUCCACCACAUGCCGGACAUCAACCCCGUCGUCGACGACUGCAUCGACUUAUUCACCGACUUCCGCGCGUCCCACGCGCCAGGCCUCCCUGCCUUCCUCUACUCGGAGUCCCUGGGCGGUGCCAUCGCCCUGUUGGUGACGCUCAAGCAGCAGAAGGGCGCGUGGGAUGGGCUGAUCCUGAACGCCGCCAUGUGUGGGCUCACCCCCAAGUUCAAUCCCUCCUGGCCUCUGGAGCGCCUGCUUUCCGCCGUAGCGGCCGUGAUACCGACGUGGCGCGUCGUCCCCACGGGAGCGACGUCCCCGGACGUCUCGUACAAGGUGGAGUGGAAGCGGAAGCUGGCGAUGGCGAGCCCACGGUGGAGCGGGGCGAGGCCCCGCACGGCGACGGUGCUGGAGCUGCUCAGGGUGUGCAUGGAAUUGCAGGGGCGGUUCGAGGAAGUGGAGGUGCCGCUGCUGAUCUCGCACGGCGGCGAUGAUGUUGUGUGCGAUCCGGCGUGCGUGGAAGAGCUCUACCGCCGCGCCUCCAGCAAGGACAAGACGUUGAAGAUAUAUCCAGGGUUGUGGCACCAUAUGGUUGGGGAAGAGGAAGAAAGCGUCAAUUUGGUGUUCGGAGAUAUGAUCGCCUGGCUCAAAGCUAGAGUGGACUCAAAAUCAGAUUAACACAAUGCUUAAACAUACCCAAUAAGCAAAAUAAUCAAAUUCGCAAUUCUAACAUAUCCGGGAUCUGUAAAAAAAAAUAAGUGAAAAAGUGAAAUGAAUAAGUUUGGCGAAUGUAACAUCUCAAAAUGCCUACACUACAAGUUUGGGUUAAUUACAUGAUUGGUCAUUGGGACUACAAAAAACGUUCAUAUUUGGUCACUGGAAAUAUUUAAAUUCAUUGAUGGUCACUAAUUUUAGUGAAAAUGUUCACGUUUGUUCACUCUCCGUUAGUCUCCGUCCAUCUCCGUAAACAGGCUCCGUUAAGUGUUGACGUGGCAGAUGGAAUUGUCUAAUCAGCCCUAUUUAGCCCAAAAAUAGUAAGACCCGACCCACCACAUCACUAAGACCCGCCAUGACAUCUGGACCAACCCAACCCUCUAACCAAACCUGACCUGUAAACCGACCCAUACAAAUUAAGUCCCUAAAUCUAAAAAAGAUCCACUUAUCCCCUUCUUCGAUUGUGCCUCCUUCCUCCCAACUUUCUUCCUCUUCCCCUUUGUUCGAUUAUUCACCUGAUAAACGCCAGGAUCCUCCCUUAACGUUUUUCUCACUCCUUCCUUCACUCAUUUCUGGACGAAUCGGGAUGGAGAAAAAGGAAAGGCGACAAUCCACAAUAAGAUCCAGAUCUGAGACCCCAAUCAGACGAUUGGAUCUUAGGCGGUGGCGCCCUAAUGCACUAGAACCGCAAGCAGCAACACAUGGCCAUCAGCGGGGGUCGCAGAGGAGACGAAAGACAAUGUUGAACAGUGACGAAGAAAUUCGGGCUGCAAAGUUUCCGAAAGGAGUGACAUCAGGAGACAUGCUAGUCGGCGGGGGCAGUGGGAGGAGCCGGGGGAGAAGCAACAAGAGGUGUGGUCUUCAUCCGUAAAUAGAUCUUUUCUAGCUCUUUCCCAAUCUCAACUAUUAACUCCAAUAAAUUAGAGAGCCUCUCUCCCUUCUGCUCCGCCUUGGAGAUAGUGAAUUUGGAUGUUGUGGACUGUUGCGCCGACGGUAGCUAGUGGGUGGGAGGUGGGAUUUUUGGGCCUCCGUUGAAGUUGAAAAUCAGAGGUGCCUCUGCCUCACUAUACCUUCCUCCAAGCUUCCCUUGUCUCAAUUUAUCCUUACCAUUCAUAAGUAGUCAAUUCUCUGCUCCUUAUUUUUUUUCCACCUCGUUCCUAGCUUGGAUUGGAUUCUCCUUCCUCUAUUGUCUUUCUUCAUCCCACCUAGAAGCUCACAGGUCGGGUCUUAGUGACGUAAUUUGAAGCUGGUGGGGUUUCCGAAUCCGUUUAGGGAGGAUCGUGGAGAAGAGGAAGAAAUUCUGGAGGAAGGAGGCACGAUCGAAGAAAGGGAUAAGUGGAUAUGUUGUAGAUUUAGGGAUUUAAUUUGUGUGGGUCGGUUCACAGGUCAGGUUUGGUUAGAGGGUUGGGUUGGUUCUGAUGACAUGGCAUGGUUUAGUGACGUGGCGUGGGUCUCACUAUUUUCUGGUUAAAUAGGGCUUAUUAGACGAUUUUGUCCCCCACGUCAGCACUUAACGGAGUCUGUUAACGGAGAUAGAAGGAGACUAACGGAGAGUGAUCAAACGUGAACAUUUUCACUAAAAUUAGUGACCACCA